GCUAUCAAAGUGUAAAAUACAUUUACUUCUGAAUUUAAAUAUGGUUUUGGAGGCGAUGUCUACAAACAAACAUACAACAACUUCAUCUGUUGAUAAAUAUGAAAAAGAGGUGGACCUUCAGAAUGAUUGCAGAUCAUUUUACCUUAAUCGUGUGAAAGCAACUGAAACCCUGAAGCAAAAGUUGGAGAAUAAAAAUGGAGCAGGUGAACCGAAGAAGACUUCAAUGUCAAUGGCUAUGGAUAGAUUACGACUUGAAAUGACUUCAUUUGUCGAUCAAGAUCUUUCCUUAAUGAGACAGCUACUGACUUUAAAUGAAACUAUCGAGGAGCUGAAAAACAAGAGGCUGUAUGGUGUUAGCAAAGAUUCUUUAGAUGACAGUGCAGACUAUCUCAAGGGCAGCACGAGUCAGCUGAGUAAAAGUGUGUCCACCAUGUCACUUGGUAGUGACUAUUCUUGUGAAUGUAGUGGAUCCGAAGAUGACACCGACCUGAACAAAAGAGAUCUAGAUUCCGAAGACUCUGGCUAUGGCGAAUGAUUCAAUACUUAAACAAAGACAGCACGUGUUAGCUGAGUAAGAGUAUGUAAACUGUG